GAGAGGGCAACGCGACUUGUAAAGCGAGUGGUGUGUGUUGUUUAUCGUUACUUUCGUGUUGAACAUUUUCAGACUGAUUACCAUAACUACUGUGCUGCUUAUGACUAUUAUAAGGAAGAGGUAAAUUAUUUAUAAUCUGUCAGUGUAAUUUUCACAAUGCCCAAAGGAAAAGGAGGUGGUGGAGAAUCCAAAGGAGCAAAAGGCGGGAAAGGAGGAGGAAAGGGAGGUGAAGCUGCUGCAGAAGGAAAGAGUCAACAGAAGCAGAGCAAAGGAGGGAAUGCAGUGAAAGUUCGCCACAUACUUUGUGAAAAACAGUCAAAAAUUUUAGAAGCUAUGGAGAAAAUUAAGUCUGGUAGGAAAUUCAAUGAAGUAGCUGCUGAGUAUAGUGAAGACAAAGCUCGUCAAGGGGGAGAUUUAGGUUGGAUGAAUAGAGGAUCUAUGGUUGGUCCAUUUCAAGAUGCUGCUUUUUCUCUUCCUGUCAGCACUCUUCAAAGUCCUGUCUAUACUGAUCCACCUGUUAAAACUAAGUUUGGAUAUCACAUAAUUAUGGUGGAAGGCAAGAAAUGACAAACAGUUUUCAUUGCGUUUUUUGUACAAUAUUUCUUGUGUUAUGAAUAUGUAAAAGUCUUAUGCAUAAUAUGUAAUAAAGGGCUAUGUGAACUGUUUA